ACCGCUGGUCUCAGGAGGACAUGCUGACUCUGCUGGAGUGCAUGAAAAACAACCUGCCCUCCAAUGACGGGAGCAAGUUCAAAACCACCGAGUCCCACCUGGAUUGGGAGAAAGUGGCUUUCAAGGACUUCUCGGGGGAAAUGUGCAAGAUGAUUUCUAAUGAGGUGAGGAAGUUCCGGACCCUCACGGAGCUCAUUAUGGAUGCUGAAGAGCAUGUGAAGAAUCCUUACAAGGGCAAAAAGCUGAAGAAACACCCUGACUUCCCCAAGAAGCCCCUGACUCCCUAUUUCCGCUUCUUCAUGGAGAAGCGGGCUAAAUACGCCAAGCUUCACCCCGAAAUGAGCAACCUGGAUCUCACCAAGAUCCUGUCCAAGAAAUACAAGGAGCUUCCCGAGAAGAAAAAGAUGAAAUACAUCCAGGACUUCCAGCGGGAGAAGCAGGAGUUUGAGAGGAACCUGGCAAGGUUCAGGGAAGAUCACCCAGAUCUCAUCCAGAAUGCCAAAAAAUCAGACGUCCCUGAGAAGCCCAAGACCCCUCAGCAGCUGUGGUACAACCACGAGAAGAAGAUCUACCUGAAAGUGCGUCCAGAUGCCACCACGAAGGAGGUGAAAGAGUCGCUGGGCAAGCAGUGGUCUCAACUCUCGGAUAAAAAGAGGCUGAAAUGGAUUCAUAAGGCCCUGGAACAGCGGAAGGAGUACGAGGAGAUCAUGCGGGACUACAUCCAGAAGCACCCAGAGCUGAACAUCAGCGAGGAGGGCAUCACCCGCUCCACCCUCACCAAGGCCGAACGCCAGCUCAAGGACAAGUUUGAUGGACGACCCACAAAGCCACCUCCGAAUAGCUACUCCCUGUACUGUGCAGAGCUGAUGGCCAACAUGAAAGAUGUGCCCAGCACGGAGCGGAUGGUGCUGUGCAGCCAGCAGUGGAAGCUGCUCUCCCAGAAGGAGAAGGACGCCUACCACAAAAAGUGUGACCAGAAAAAGAAAGACUAUGAGAUCGAGCUGCUCCGCUUCCUGGAGAGCCUGCCCGAGGAGGAGCAGCAGCGGGUGCUGGGUGAGGAGAAGAUGCUGGGCAGCAACCGGAAAGGGGCAACGAGUCCUGCAUCCAAGAAAUCCUCCCCAGAGACCGGCAAGGGCAGCUCAGAGAAGCCCAAACGGCCCAUCUCUGCCAUGUUCAUCUUCUCGGAGGAGAAGCGGAAGCAGCUGCAGGAGGAGCGGCCGGAGCUGUCGGAGAGCGAGCUGACCCGGCUGCUGGCCCGCAUGUGGAAUGACCUCUCUGAGAAGAAGAAGGCCAAGUACAAGGCGCGGGAGGCGGCGAUGAAGGCACAGUCGGAGAAGAAGCACGGCUCGGAUAAGGAAGAGCGCGGGAAGCUGCCCGAGUCUCCCAAAACAGCCGAGGAAAUCUGGCAGCAGAGCGUCAUUGGGGACUACCUGGCUCGUUUCAAGAACGACCGGGGAAAGGCACUGAAGGCCAUGGAGGCCACUUGGAACAACAUGGAGAAGAAGGAGAAGCUGAUGUGGAUCAAGAAGGCAGCAGAGGAUCAGAAGCGAUAUGAGAGGGAGCUGAGCGAGAUGCGGGCUCCUCCGUGCUCCACCAACUCUGCCAAGAAAAUGAAGUUCCAGGGAGAGCCAAAGAAACCCCCCAUGAACGGUUACCAGAAGUUCUCCCACGCCAGCCGCUGGCAGCGCAUCUCCCAGGGCCAGAAGGACCACUACAAAAAGCUGGCGGAGGAGCAGCAGAAGCAGUACAAGGUGCACCUUGACAUCUGGCUCAAGAGCCUCUCGCCCCAGGAGCGCGCUGCCUACAAGGAACAUACUUCUAAUAAACGCAAGAGCAUAGGAAAGAUCCGGGGCCCCAACCCCAAGAUGAAGCCAACGAUGCAGUCCAAAUCGGAAUCGGAAGAUGACGAUGAGGAAGAAGAAGAGGAGGAAGAUGACGAUGAAGACGAGGAUGAUGACGAUGACAACGGUGACUCAUCGGAGGAAGGCGGCGACUCCUCCGAGUCCAGCAGUGAGGAGGAGAGCGAGGAUGGGGACGAG